GGUGAGGAUGAAGUAUGAGGAGACAAGCUCCUGGAUCCGAACAUAUGAGACUUGCUCUGUGAUGGACCAGUGUGAGGGCAGCGAGGAGCGAGUCUGUCCCUCCGAGUCCACUCUGAGGGGGCAACAUGAAAGCAAAGAUCAGAGAACAGAGCAGCGGGACCCGGACGCAGAACCAGAACCCAGCUGUGUGUCGGCCAGCGCGUCCAUGGAGCAUCCGCUGGCGUUUAAAAGCCAGCCUCCUUCUGAAACAGAGUUUAUCCAGGAGGAGUCAGAGUCGGACCCUCAGAAUAAAACAGAUCUGGACUCCGUAUUUAUGCUGCUGGAGAAAAACAUCGUCAGUUUUGUGAAAAACGAGCUGAAAAGGAUCCACAAGGAUCUGAGUCCAGAUUCCCCCGAAAGCUCAGAAACUCAGACUGAGAAUGAAAAGUUGCUAAAUGAUGAGGAUGAAGCGCAGAGGAAGACCAACAGGGAGCUGUUUCUGAAGAUCAUGGUGUACUUCCUGAGGCAGAUGAAGCAGGAGGAGCUGGCUGACCGGCUGCAGAGCAGAAUUCCUGUCACAGAAUUUCUACAAAAACACAAGUCAAACCUGAAGAAGAGGUUCGAGUGUGUGUUUGAGGGGAUCGCUAAAGCAGGAAACCCAACCCUUCUGAACCAGAUCUACACAGAGAUCUACAUCACAGAGGGAGAGACUGCACAGGUCAAUGAGGAACAUGAGGUCAGACAGAUUGAAACAGCAUCCAGGAAACCAGACAGACCAGAAACAACCAUCAGACAAGAAGACAUCUUUAAACUCCCACCUGGAAGAGAUGAACCAGUCAGAACAGUGAUGACGAAGGGAGUGGCUGGCAUUGGGAAAACUGUCUUAACACAGAAGUUCACUCUGGACUGGGCUGAAGACAAAACCAACCAGGACAUCCAGUUGACAUUUCCACUGACUUUCAGAGAGCUGAAUGUGCUGAAAGAGAAGAAGUUCAGCUUGGUGGAACUUGUUCAUCACUUCUUUACUGAAACCAAAGAAGCAGAAAUCUGCAGCUUUGAAGAGUUCCAGGUUGUCUUCAUCUUUGAUGGUCUGGAUGAGAGUCGACUUCCUCUGGACUUCCACAACAAUGAGACCCUGACUGAUGUUACACAGUCCACCUCUCUGGAUGUGCUGCUGACUAACCUCAUCAGGGGGAAACUGCUUCCCUCUGCUCGCCUCUGGAUAACCACACGACCUGCAGCAGCCAAUCAGAUCCCUCCUGACUGUGUUGGCAUGGUGACAGAGGUCAGAGGGUUCACUGACCCACAGAAGGAGGAGUACUUCAGGAAGAGGUUCACAGACAAGAAACAGGCCAGCAGGAUCAUCUCCCACAUGAAGACAUCACGAAGCCUCCACAUCAUGUGCCACAUCCCAGUCUUCUGCUGGAUCACUGCUACAGUUCUGGAGGAUGUGCUGAAAACCAGAGAGGGAGGAGAGCUGCCCAAGACCCUGACUGAGAUGUACAUCCACUUCCUGGUGGUUCAGGCCAAAGUGAAGAAGGUCAAGUAUGAUGGAGGAGCUGAGACAGAUCCACACUGGAGUCCAGAGAGCAGGAAGAUGAUUGAGUCUCUGGGAAAACUGGCUUUUGAUCAGCUGCAGAAAGGAAACCUGAUCUUCUAUGAAUCAGACCUGACAGAGUGUGGCAUCGAUAUCACAGCAGCCUCAGUUUACUCAGGAGUGUUCACACAGAUCUUCAAAGAGGAGAGAGGACUGUACCAGGAGAAGGUGUUCAGCUUCAUCCAUCUGAGUGUUCAGGAGUUUCUGGCUGCUCUUCAUGUCUGUCUGACCUUCAUCAACUCUGGAGUCAACCUGAUGGAAGAGGAGCAAACACCAUCUGAAAUAUUUGAACGGAAUAAAAAAUAUGAAGAGCCAAAGCUCUACCAGAGUGCUGUGGACCAGGCCUUACAGAGUCCAAAUGGACAUCUGGACUUGUUCCUCCGCUUCCUCCUGGGCCUUUCUCUGCAGACCAACCAGAGUCUCCUACGAGGCCUGAUGACACAGAUGGGAAGUAGCUCAGAGACCAAUCAGGAAGCAGUCCAGUACAUCAAGAAGAAGAUCAGUGAGAAUGUGUCUGCAGAGAGAAGCAUCAAUCUGUUCCACUGUCUGAAUGAACUGAAUGAUCGUUCUCUGGUGGAGGAGAUCCAACAGUAUCUGAGAUCAGGACGUUUGUCCACAGAUAAUCUUUCUCCUGCUCAGUGGUCAGCUCUGGUCUUCAUCUUACUGACAUCAGAAGAAGAUCUUGUGUUUGACCUGAAGAAAUACUCUGCUUCAGAGGAGGCUCUGCUGAGACUGCUGCCAGUGGUCAAAGCCUCCAAGAAAGCUCUGUUGAGCUGCUGUAACCUCUCAGAGAGAAGCUGUGAAGCUCUGUCCUCAGUUCUCAGCUCACCGUCCUCCAGUCUGACUGAACUGGACCUGAGUAACAACGACCUCCGGGAUUCAGGGGUGAAGCAGCUGUCUGGUGGACUAAAGAGUCCUUACUGUAAACUUGAAACCCUCAGUCUUUCAGGUUGUCUGAUUACAGAGGAUGGCUGUGGUUCUCUGGCCUCGGCUCUAAACUCCAACCCUUCCCAUCUGAAAGAGCUGGACCUGAGUUACAACCAUCCAGGAGACUCAGGAGUAAAGCUUCUGUCUGCAAGACUGGAGGAUCCACAAUGCAGACUGGACUGUCUCAGAGUGGAUCACAGUGGAGAGCAGAGAUUACUACCUGCCCUGAAGAAGUAUUUCUGUGAACUUGAAGUGGACACAAACACCGUCAAUCCGAACAUCAAACUGUCUGACAACAACAGGAAGGUGACCCUGGUGGAGGAGGAUCUACUUUAUCCGGAUCACCCAGACAGAUUUGAUCACUGCUGGCAGCUGCUGUGUCGAAAUGCUCUGACUGGUCGCUGUUACUGGGAGGUGGAGUGGAAGGGGUGGCUGGAUGUAUCGGUGAGUUACAGAGGAAUCAGGAGGAGAGGAUUCAGUGACGACUGCAGGUUUGGAUGGAAUGAUCAGUCUUGGAGUCUGAACUGCUCUAAUGAUGGCUUCUACGUCUGGCACAAUAACAUAAGGACAUCGAUCACCUCCUCCUCUACCUCCUCUGGCGUAGUCGCUCUGUAUGUGGACUGUCCUGCUGGCUCUUUGUCCUUCUACAGAGUCUCCUCUCACUCACUGAUCCACCUCCACUCCUUCAACACCACAUUCCCUGAACCUCUGUAUGCUGGCUUUAGAUUUAGGUCACCUGCUUCAUCCGUGACUUUGUGUUCUGUGUAGGAAGACGUUUCUGUGGAGGGACAAAAUAGUCAAUGACUGAGGUCAAGAUUUUGAUGUUUACACCACUGAACAGGCAUGAGCAGAUCAUAGAAGUGAGAUGAUCUCUACAACACACAACACUUUUUUCAACCCUAUGAAUGUCUGCAUGUAAAGUUUAAAGAUAUUUGUUAUUCACAUGCAGUCCCACAUGGGUGCUUGUAGCUCAGGAGGAUGUGCGGUCGUCUACAAACCGUAAAGUUAGUGGAAUGACUCCAUGUCAACGUGUCCUUGGGCAAGACACUGAACUCCACGUUGCCUUGCAAAGUGUCUUAUCAGGGUAUGAAUGUGUGAGAGGAAAAAGCAUUUAGUAUAUAACAGUGGUGUGUGAGUGUGUGUGAAUAUGAUGUGUAGUUUAAAAGUGCUUUGAGUGAAUAAACAUGUGAAUAGAAAAGUGCUAUUUAAUUAAAGUCUUUUUAUUUUAGCUAGCAACACAGGAACUUUGUAGCAUAUAUUGAUAAAAGUGAACUGAAAUAUUCUUCCUGAGUUGAGCCUUUUUAUAUUGAAUAAAAUGUGAGUAAUAUAUUUGUCUUUGCUAAAUAUGUGAUUAAAAAAAAUAAAGAAAAAUCUA